CCAGGAGGAAGAUGGCGGCCGCCGGAGGAGAGUCUUCUCAGAUUGUAUCGGAUGAAUUAUUUCAAAACUUUUACACGGAGGUGAAGCAGAUUGAGAAGAGAGACUCCGUGUUGACCUCCAAGCAGCAGAUAGAGAGACUGCUCAGACCUGGCGCAUCCUACUUUAAUCUCAAUCCCUUUGAGGUGCUGCAAAUUGACCCAGAUGCAACAGACGAUGAACUGAAGAAAAGAUUUCGGGCGUUGUCCAUUUUGGUCCAUCCAGACAAAAAUCAGGAUGACCAAGACAGAGCACAGAAAGCCUUCGAGGCUGUGGACAAGGCAUACAAACUCCUACUGGACCCUGAACAGAAGAAGAGAGCCUUAGAUGUGAUCCAUGCAGGAAAGGAAUAUAUUGAGCAUAUGGUAAAGGAGAAAAGGAAACAGUUGAAGAAAGAAGGGAAGUCAUUGGAUGUGGAGGAGGAUGAUCCUGAAGUGUUCAAGCAAGCAGUGUACAAACAGACAAUGAAGCUUUUUGCAGAACUUGAAAUCAAGAGGAAGGAAAGGGAAGCAAAAGAAAUGCAUGAAAGGAAAAGGGCAAGAGAGGAAGAAAUUGAGGCAGCAGAGAAAGCAAAGCGAGAGAGAGAAUGGCAGAAAAACUUUGAGGAAACAAGAGAUGGGCGUGUGGACAGCUGGAGGAAUUUUCAGGCCAAAGGCAAAAGCAAGGAGAAAAAGAAUAGAUCCUUCCUUAAGCCCCCAAAAGUCAAGAUGGAACAGAGGGAAUGAUUGCUGUAAAAUUGGACUUCACUAGAUUAAAACCCCACUGUUAUAAAAAAAACUCUGUUCUGUGUAUCCUCACCUCGUCGUCUGCAGUUAGCUGUGUAGCCGUCAUCAGGAUACUUGUACAACAACUUCCUCAUAGUUUUGUACUUGGUUUUCUAAUGUACAUAUUUGUGAUCUGGACCCUGGGAUCAUACCUGCCUCAUGUAAGAAAGAGAAAUAAUGCAUCUUCCAUUUCUGUAAUUGACGAGUUGAUGUGGUUUGUCCUUAUUUUUGCUUUUUGUUUAUUUUUUAAAAACUAAAUAAAGCUUGGUAUUCACAAGCCUACCUUACUGUGGUCUACAAGGCUGAGCCUAAAAUUUGUAAAAUGAUAGGUAAAGCUGAAUUCAAGAGACUGUUAUGUGAAUAGGUAAAAGGUAUUAUUGUUUCUGAUGAUCUGGUUAUUACAGAUCACUUUACAAGCCAAUACUCUAAUGACCAGAUUUACACAAAGUACUUUGAAAUGUCAUCGGAGCAGAACAGGAAAAUAUUUCUGAAUCAGCUGCCUGUUCAGUUUUGCAUUCUGUUUUGAAUCAACAAUGCAAGUUUUGAAUGUAGUGUCUGGAAAACCCCCCGUUAGUUCUGCAUGUUUUAAAUCUAUUCAGUAAAUACUGUCAAUAGGAAACACCAAACACUUGAUUGGUGUUUGUUGCACAUAAUUUCCUGUUUGUUGUUUUGGGGAAACUGAAUAAAAUCAUUUUACCUGCUUA